AUGCCGAGGACCAUGCUUCAUGAGAAGCGCAGCCACGCCGGACAUGGGCGGCAGAUUCGUACAAUACGGAUACCAAGGAGAAAGCCUUACCUGCAGCGCCAGGCACAGUCGCAGUUACACGCGCCCUUUUGCAUACACAAGCCUCUGGGCCAUUAUCGGACAAAAUCGAGCAUGACACGUAUAAGGCUUCGACCAGCCGCUUCUUUUCGCUGCGAUGAAAGCGGCAGGGUGACAGUGAGGUACGUACCCACUGCCUACUGGGUACCUAACAGGCACGCCAGGUCAAGCAAGCCAAGCGGGUCGAGCCAGGCAACAAGGCAGCAAGAAAUCCCCAGCCAAUCCCAAUUCCACCAAAAACAACCGCGAAGUACGGCAAACCGGCCGUACCCAUCGACGUCAACUCGAAGGCUCGCCGUGAGAACCGAUCGACCUGCUGCGACACGACACGAUAGUUUCCAGCUCGAACCCCAUACUACACCAAUUGGGACCCGAGAGGGAGGAAGACGCCGGAGCUACCAGGCCACGCACCGCGAGCUUCACGAACGGCACGGCGAGGGACGAACAUCCGAGUCGACUCUAAUACAAACAGCCAGAGAGAUGUCUUCGCGGCGAGCAGUCCUUGUAUCGCCGGUCACUGAGACUGGCACUGGACUGGGCUGUUCAGCGCCAGCUCUGGCGCGGCCAGGCUCUGUACAUUCGGUCACUGUUUGA